CACAAAAAUUAGUUUUGAAGAGCGAUUCACAACAACUCUCCACAAACUAAUCGUCACCAGAAAAAAAACACACAAAACCAUAAAUCAAUCAAAUGGCAAACUGGAAAGUGUUGACCAUAACAUCGGUGACAAUCGGCGUGUGCGGACUCGUAUUGAUGAUCACACUCUUCACAGCCACCGGCGGUUACGUACCCUUUGAUUAUGGUGUAGUACUGGACGCCGGGUCGUCGCACACGCAGAUCACACUUUACCACUGGAAGGCCGAUAAGGAGAGGUGUACGGGAGUGGUCGAGCAGUUGGACACGUGCCGUAUUGAGGGCGGCAUCAGUGGCUACAACGUGUCCGACCCGUCGGGCGUCGGCCAGGAUCUGAUACAAUGUAUUUAUAAUGUGAGCACUAAGAUAGACAAGGAUCGCAAGUUUAUGACACCGCUAUACUUGGGCUCCACCGCCGGUAUGCGGUUACUCAACAUCACGGCGCCGGACAAAGUGAAGCUUAUUUUUAAGCUGAUCCGCGACGCCUUUCUGCUCAGUUCUGGCCUUCAGGUGCAGUGCACUGACAUUAUUAGCGGCCAGAAUGAGGGUCUCUUCUCGUGGGUGACCAACAAUUAUCUCAUGAAUAAGCUGGUGGUCGACCGGUUCGACGGCCAUCAGCCCAACUCCACGAUCGGUAUGCUAGACAUGGGCGGGGCUUCGGCUCAGAUCGCCUAUCGGGCCGGCGAUAGCGUCGGCGGAGGUGUCGGCGGCGGCGGACUUACUAAAAACGUGACCGACGAUGACGUUAACGUCCGCCUAUACGGCAUCAAUCAUACCGUCCGGGCGUCGAGUAACCUGUGUUUCGGUGUGGAUCAGGCGAUGUUGAGAUACCAGAUGUAUCUCAUAGUCACACACCCGGAGCGAAUCGACCCGACCAUUGACAGCCCGUGCACUCCCAUUGGGUCGCAGAUUACUGUUCCCGGCUCUGUGUUUAGGGACCAGAUAUGUGCUAAGACUAAGAAGUCAAUCAAUUACGACCGCAACUAUACCUUCAGUGGCAUUAGCUAUGAUAGAGAUGGCAACGACUGUUCGGCCCUAAUAUCUAACCACUUGUUGAACACGAAUGAGUGCCGACAAACAUUUGACAUGUGCUUCGAGACAGAGGCGGGCCCUCCGCCACAGGCGACCCAAUUCUACGCCCUGUCCUCCUAUUACUAUACCGUCCGUAUUCUGAACCUAACGGUGACCACAGCCGACGAGUAUCGGCAAAAGACCGACGCCUUUUGUCGCCUGAAUCGGGACGCUAUGCUCCAGAACCCGCUGGUUGUGGCCAAGUAUGUGGACGUGUAUUGUUUUCAACUCAACUACAUCUACAACACCAUCAAAAACGUGUACCGAUUUCCGGACAAUCAGUGGCCAAACAUACGGUUCUCGAACUCGAUUAAGGACACGACCCUCGGCUGGUCUCUCGGCUUUAUGAUCAACGCGACCAACGCUAUCGCGGCCGAGAAGCCGACCCCACCGGUGGUCGAACUCUUCCCAUUCACACUCGUCUGCAUAUUCUGCUCAUUAAUACUCGCCUUCAGUAUAUAUUUCGGCAUUAAAUGGCAUAAAACCAAUGAAUCCCAGCGCAAAGAACAGUACGAACCCAUUAGUAUUAGCUCUUAAUCUUAACAUCAAUUAACCACUGCUUACCAGACAAUUAACACAUUGAUUGCCAGACAAUAUAUCAUAUUUAGGCGUUUAGUCAACCAAAUCAUAAGUCAAUCAUUGCUUUGAUUUCAACUAAUUUAUAGUUAAAUUAUCUUAGGUUUAGAUAUAAUGAGAG